CAAUGCUGUAUCCUUCCUCAGCGCGAGGUGCGUCUCUGCUGUCGGGCGCACGCGGGCGGCUCAGCCACUCCGCUGAAGGAGCAGCAAAAAAGUGAAUUUCCAUGAAGACAUCAGACACAGCAGAGGACUGCGUUUUGCAUAACCACUACUGGGCAGAAUGCAGCAGCUGUCUGCAGAGACCGUCUCUGAACGUUCUGGCCCCUUGGCUGUGAGGUCGUGAGCGCUCACAAUGACAAGCACCAACGCCAGCGCACUCACAGCUAACCUCUCUGGGGCCGUGGACGGCCAUGAUUCCGGGGGGAACAUCUACAGACCCUUCUCCGUCUUUAGCGUGCUCACUCUCACUUUACUAGCCAUGCUGGUACUGGCCACCUUUGUUUGGAACUUGCUGGUGCUGGUGACUAUCCUCAGGGUGAGGACGUUUCACCGAGUCCCUCACAACCUGGUGGCCUCCAUGGCCAUCUCGGACGUGAUGGUGGCUGCGCUGGUCAUGCCGCUCAGUCUGGUCCACGAGCUGAACGGCAGGUUGUGGAAACUGGGUCGUGUGCUGUGUCAGGUGUGGAUCUCAUUUGACGUUCUCUGCUGCACAGCCAGUAUCUGGAACGUGACAGCCAUUGCGUUGGACCGGUACUGGUCCAUCACCAGGCAUCUGGAGUACACGCUCAAGACUCGCAAAAAGAUCUCCAAUGUGAUGAUCGCGCUCACUUGGCUUCUGUCAUCCAUCAUCUCCCUGUCUCCUCUUUUUGGCUGGGGAGAGACAUACUCAGAGGGAAUGAAGUGCCAAGUGAGCCAAGAGCCCUCCUACACCAUCUUCUCCACCUUUGGAGCGUUUUACCUUCCACUCUGUGUGGUGCUGUUUGUUUACUGGAAGAUCUACAAAGCAGCCAAGUUUCGGAUCGGUUCCCGAAAGACGAAUACCAUCACUCCAAUGGCAGAGGUAAAAGACGAAGCGCAGCAGCCUCAGAUGGUGUUCACUGCACGACACGCUACUGUGACCUUCCAGACGGACGGGGACACGUGGCGUGAGCAGAAAGAGAAAAAGGCGGCGCUCAUGGUCGGCAUUUUGAUCGGCGUCUUCGUACUUUGUUGGAUCCCUUUCUUCAUCACCGAGCUGAUCGUGCCGCUGUGCUCCUGUGACAUCCCACCGAUUUGGAAGAGCAUCUUCCUGUGGCUGGGUUACUCCAACUCCUUCUUCAACCCACUCAUAUACACAGCCUUUAAUAAAAACUACAACAAUGCCUUGAGGAACCUUUUUUCCCGGCAGCGGUGAGGAGCAAGUCCACACGCUUGGAUCACACCAGCUUCAUUUCUCAACCAUGUCUUCAGGAGAAAAGAUUUCCCUGUUAUGUUUAUGGUUUCCUUUCAAAAGAAACCUCCCAGCUGGGCUGAGAUGGAGGUCUAAGCAAGAAGAAGAGGAAUAAAUCUAUCAUUUUCAGGCAGCUCCUGUCAGCCUAUGAAACAUCUUAAUGACAUUCAAGACUGCUGGGAGUACUUUUAAAAAAUAUAUGUCAAAAACAAAUGGAUUUAUUCUCAGAAAUUUAUAAAGGAAUAAAUAAAAAGAGCGGUGUAGAUACACAUUUUCAGCUUGAACAGUAAAAAAAAGAAAAAGUUUGUUUCCUAGAAAAAAAACAGACUACAGCUGUAAUCUCACCAAGGAAGCCAUAAUUUGUUCAGAGACCACCACUUUUACCUGUACUCAUAAACUGUUGUCACUUUAAAUCUA